AUGGAUUCAAAAACAGAACAACCUACGCUUGAUAAAGAUUUGAUCGAAAAGGCAACCACAGCACUUCUUAAAUAUGUUUCAAAUCAACAAGAGGAUAAGAGUAAUGACAUUCUCGCAGACAAAGUACACAUUGUUUGGUUAAUUGUUUCUACUCACAGAUUUUUAGACAUAACUAAAGAUAAACCUGUUAGCAUUCCGCUAAAGCAUCCUUUAUAUGAUGCAUCGACAGAAAUUUGCUUGAUAACAAAAGAUCCUCAAAAGACUUUUAAAGAACUGGUUGCUUCUAAAAAUUUGAAACGUAUACGAAAGGUGAUUGGAAUAUCUAAACUUCGGAAAAAAUAUCAACCAUAUGAAGCGAAACGCCAAUUGUGUAAUUCGUAUGAUUUGUUUAUGGCAGAUGAUAGAGUUAUACCUUUGCUUCCAAAAUUGUUGGGAAAAUGUUUCUUUCAGAGAAAAAAGCAACCUAUUCCCAUAUGCUUAAAGAAUGAAAAGCAUUUUGAGAGAGAAAUCCUCAAAGCCUGUAAUUCUACAUAUAUGCAUUUUAGUCCAGGAACAUGUCUUGCGAUCAAAAUAGGCACGACUGAUAUGACAUCGUCACAAUUGUUGGAAAACAUAAUAACUUCUGUUCCGUGUAUCGUGAAUAAAAUACCAAGAAAAUGGAAGAAUAUUCAAUCUUUGAAUAUUAAGACUCAUUUUUCCACAAGCUUACCUAUAUUUAAUGCUGAUCCAUAUGCUCAGAUAACUAAAUAG